UCUCGGAGUGGGAUCAAAAAUAAAAUGACCUCAGUUAACACUCUCUUUAAUGCCCUAUAUUUUGCUGCCCAUGUGAUCUUGCUACAUAGCCAAAUCGCCAAUUUGCAGCCACAGGAUGUUCCUGACAUCACAAAGUUUUACAGUGAAUUUUCAACUAUAUGGAUAGUAAACACGACAAUGCAUACAAAGAAAUAUUGUGAACUGGAUUUCGUAAACAAAACAACUCCUGACUAUGCGAACUUUUCAAGAAUAUACUUCUUCGGACCUACCAUGGAACAAGAUUACUUACAAGGAUUGUUUACAAUGGAUGAUAAAAACAAGAAUAAUAACAUGAUAUAUAAUGCCAUGGUCGUACAUCCACUAAACGCACGCUCUACAAUGAAUACAUCACUUGAAACACUGCUCUAUUCAUUCCAAAACUACACCUGUGGCAUCUUCUAUGUAAUACUGCUACCUGGCGGUCAAGGGCCCUACUAUGAUAUGCGUGUGAAGCAGUCAACGAUUCAGUCUCCAAACCUAGGUUGCGUCAUUCAAUAUCAACGUGUGGCGGCAGGAGACCCCAUUACAACGACAUAUAAUCGUUCUUGUCAGGGCACACGCUAACAGCACAAAAUUUACAAGCUGUGUCAUAUAACUGGAAUUUAACGUUAAAGGAAAGUACGUCACCGCAAUCGAAUAAAGUCAACAACUAGUGGUUUGUCAUUA